AUGAAUUCAAUUAAAUCUUCACGUAAAAUUAGAUUUAAUUUCCCUACUUUAAAUAUGUUAAGAGAAGAUUAUCUAGCUAAAUUAGCAACAGAGAUGUUAUAUGAAAUUAUAAACUUCUUAGAUGAUGAUGAUAAGAAAAAUCUGUCAUUAUCAUGCAAAUGGCUUUACAGAGUAUUAAGGAAAUUCGAGUUUGGAUUCGUUGCGCCAUAUUGGGAUCCCAUUACAAUUGAAGGUAUUGAUGAAAAAUUACUUACCCUAAAUUAUCGGAAUGGUGUUUGGAUAGAUGGUAUAUUUUAUCUUAUAAUCUUUUCUAAAGACAAUCCUAUAUGUUGGACUUUAGAUUUAAGGAAAGAACAUAUUGUGUGGUCACAGGCACCCGUGACUUUGGAAAUGAAUUCAAAUUUUGAGCCUAUCCGUAAAUUUUCUGCAACAUCAGUUGGAAAUUCGAUUUAUAUAUUUGGUGGUGAAAAUAUCGAGACUAAUAAAUUUACAAAUGUCUUUUAUGAAUUUGAUACCAGAACUUAUGUCAUGCGAAUUUUAAAUUCAAUAAGAACUCCCGCGGCUAGAAAAAAUCAUUCCUUAAAUGCAAUAGAAAAAAAUAGAUUGGUUAUGUUUGGUGGACGUUGCUUAACUAAUGAAAAAGGAAAUUCAACAUCUCAAGAAAUGUAUGAUACUCAAGAUUUUUUUUUUUAUGACAUUAAAGAAAAGACGUGGACUUCCUACACAGAUACAAGUAACUUGCCUUUUCGAAGGUCCUCACAUUGUUCCAUUGUGGUAAAUAAUGAUCUUUACUUAUAUGGUGGAAAACAAAUAAAUUCCAAUUCUACUUCUCAAAUUUCGCAAAUUCAUGAUGACAAUGACAUAUAUGUAUAUAAUUUUCCCCACGAUAAUUGGCAUAAAUAUUUGGCACCUUCUCCAAAUGGUACGGCUAUAUCAACAUUUUUGUUGCCAAUUAAUUGGAUUGCAACAUCUGGAGUAAGUGUUGGUAGAAGAAAACGUUCUGCAAUUUUUACCAUGCAAGACCACAUCAUAAUUUUUGGAGGUUACGAAAGAGACGAUUGGAAUUUUGAAAAUGAAAAUUGUCCUUGGGAAUUUAUAAAACUUUUGGCACCUGAAAAAUGUAAUUGGAAACAUAUCAGAGUUAAAAAUUUGCCUAGAAUAAAUUGUAUCGCAUACAUAGGAGAAUAUAGAAGUGAAACGAAAGGAAUCUUUGUCAUAGGGAAAGACCGUGAGAAGAAACCAGUCAUUGGCUGGAUAAAAGAUUCUAUCAUAUAUUAG